ACACAACUUCCCACCCUUCUACUAGCUCACUGAGCUCCCUUUUCCCCUUCUUGCAAACAAUUAUGACCAUGGCUAGUCCAUUCGUCGUCUUUGUUUGUCUAGUCAUCGUGCUACCUCAAAUCCAGGCCACUUCUAACCCCUACAAUGGGACUGUACCUCUUCAGGGGUGUCAGAUCCCUUGUAUGACCGAGGUUAACUUGCACUUGUUCUUACACCAAUUUGUUGAUGGACCAAACACGCCAAAUCGCAAUGAAGAAACCUUGGCCGCAACAACUUUUCCUUUUGGGUUUGGGACGACGAUAGUCCAUGACUGGACUCUUACUGAGACAACAAAUUCCAAAGAUACCGUUGUUGCGCGUGCACAAGGCGUGCAUGUCCAGGCUGGUUUAACCAAGGAUAAUAGAUGGUACAUGACUCAUAACAUAGAGUUUGAGCAAGGAAGGUUUGCAGGGUCUACCCUUCAGGUGAUUGGCAUAACGGCGGGUUUGGAAAAUGGUCAGUGGUCCAUUGUCGGUGGGACUGGUCAAUUCAUUAUGGCACAGGGUAUAAUAAGUUUCACAAGGCAUCCUGCCUCUACUUGGGAAGAUGGUAUUAAAGAACUUAAUAUCCGUGUACGCUACACGAUUCCACAACCUGGAAAACAAUAUGACAUUAGAUAG